AACAACAGAUAUAUGAAAUAUAAGAUUAAAAGUAACAGAUAUAUGAAAUAUAAGAUUAAAAGUAACAGAUAUAUGAAAUUUAAGAUUAAAAGUAACAGAUAUAUGAAAUAUAAGAUUAAAAGUAACAGAUAUAUGAAAUUUAAGAUUAAAAGUAACAUAUAUAUGAAAUAUAAGAUUAAAAGUAACAGAUAUAUGAAAUAUAAGAUUAAAAGUAAGAUUGAGUAA